AUGAUGGUUAAAAACCAGAAUGUUGCAUCAUCACCGAGGGGCGACAAGAUUGGUCCCUGGAAGUUGGGUGAUACGUUGGGUUCCGGGAGCACUGGUAAGGUGCUAAUGGCUGAAAAUGAACAAACAGGGCAAAAGGCUGCUAUGAAGGUUAUAUCUAAAUCUGUGUUUAAUGCGCAAGGUUCCACAUUUGUUGGGUCUAAUGAUCCCGAUGUUUUGCCCUACGGUAUUGAGCGUGAGAUUAUUAUUAUGAAAUUGCUCAACCACCCUAAUGUGCUCCGGUUAUACGAUGUCUGGGAAACAUCUUCGGAUCUUUACAUGGUGUUAGAAUAUGUAGAGAAAGGAGAAUUGUUCAACUUGCUAGUUGAACGCGGACCAUUGCCUGAAAAUGAGGCUGUAAGGUUUUUCAGACAGAUUAUCAUUGGUAUUUCAUACUGCCAUGCGCUUGGUAUUGUGCAUAGGGAUUUGAAGCCUGAGAAUCUACUUCUUGACCAUAAGUAUAACAUCAAGCUGGCAGAUUUCGGCAUGGCAGCCCUUGAGUCCAAAGACAAGCUGUUAGAAACUUCAUGUGGCUCUCCCCACUAUGCAGCGCCCGAGAUUGUCUCGGGAUUGCCUUACCAUGGUUUCGAGAGUGAUGUGUGGUCAUGUGGUGUUAUACUAUUUGCCUUGUUGACAGGCAGACUUCCAUUCGAUGAGGAAGACGGUAAUAUCCGGAACCUGCUGUUGAAGGUUCAGAGUGGGAAGUUUGAAAUGCCUGGGGACGACGAGAUUUCACCAGAAGCCCAGAACUUAAUUGGCGCGAUUCUAACAGUAGAUCCUGAAAAACGUAUCAAGACUAGGGAGAUUUUAAAGCAUCCUUUGUUACAAAAAUACCCUAGCAUCAAGGAUUCUAAAUCUAUCAGGAAUCUUCCAAGAGAAGAUACCUACCUAAACCCAUUGGACUAUAAUGACGGGACAAUUGAUCAGACAAUUUUACAGAAUUUGGUAGUAUUGUGGCAUGGUAGAGAUAAAGAUGAGAUUAUAGCCAAACUAAAGGAAUCGGGAGCUAACUUGGAGAAAACCUUUUAUGCUCUCUUGCAUCAGUUUAAGCAUGAAAACCAGCAGGAGCAGUUGAGGCAACAGCAACUCGCCAAGAUUGCAUCGUCGGAUUCUUCGCCUCAGCGUAAUUUGGUCCGCUCUGCAUCAAGACGGUCUGUCGCUUAUAUACCCACUACACCCAGAAAGAAGCGUACAUCUGUAAUUAACGUUUCUUCUGCCCAUAAGCGCCCUGUUUCUCUACAAAAAGUGAAUCACAACAACAAUAUAUUCAACGGUACUUCUCCAGUCAAAAGGAGAUCAAUUUCCAAUAAGAGAUUAUCAGCUAUAUGUAGUAGCUCUACAACUUCUUCUCCAUCCAAUAUAAGGAUGUCGAUUCAACAAGAAGCACCUCCGGUUCCAAAGUCUGUGCUUCGUGACUACAAUAAGCGUGCUUCACGGAACAGUAGAAGAUUGUCAUUCAUGCCGAGAGGCUCCAUCACAACUAAGAUCAUUGCAACAUAUGCUAAGUUAUCUGAAGAAGAUGACUGGGAGUAUAUUGACCGUGAAGCAAAGCGCACUAGUUCCGAUUUUGCUACCUUAAUUGACAGCAUUUUCGAGCACGACAAGUAUGAGCAGAUCAGAAAAGAAAAGGAAGAAUUAGAAAGGAAGGUUAGGGAAGCAAAGGAACGUGAAGAAGAAGAACGUCGCGAAAAACAGCGGGAGGAAGAACGUCGCAGGAAAGAAGAGGAAGAGCGCAGAAGACUUGAACAGGAAAACGAGUUAGCAAAACAGCGUGAAUUGCAGAAGACCCUAGAAGAAGAAGUUGCUAGACUAAGGGCUGAAAUUGCAGCAAGUAGUGUGCCUUCAAAAGAUUCUCAAACUCAAAAAAAUACCCAAACACGCAGUGUUUCCGAACCUCUGGCAAAUGCAGAUCUAGGUAAUGAACAGGGUUCGAGUCCAAAGAUUCGGAAAGAGAAUGUUCCUUCUUUGUCCCGUAAUACUGUCAUUAACGUGGAAACAAGACCAUUAUCAAAACUUGACCCUGGUCUUAUUGGACCAGCCAUCGUUUCUCACGUCGGGGACGAGAUUACCAGCGAAAGGAACGACUACGAGUUAGAUAAGACGAUUCUUGAGACUAUACGAAGAUCUAACUUCCUUGGGUCUCAAUUUGACAUCAAUAGGGAGUUGCGUAAAUCUAGGCAUUCGAAGAUUGAAGCUGUCAACAGACGCUGGUAUUCGGAAGAAAAGGCGCACGGUAUCCACGAUGACAAAAGAUUGGUAUCUGAUGGUACUACCCUAAACUCAUAUGAUGGAAGCAAUUCAGCGUACGCUCCAAGAAAUGGCACUUCUAUUGGAUUUUUAAAGGACGAAGAAAAUGUACCAACAAAGUUAUCUGAUUUAAAAAUACCAGAAUUUACCAGGCGUUCCAAACAUUUUACUGCCUCCAACAAGAGAUUAUCGGUUUUAUCUUUGUACUCUUCUAAAGCCUCGUAUACCAAUUUGGCAGACUAUGCAAGGGGAGAGGACCAAUUAAAGACUUUAUCAGGUGCCAAAAUUAAUGAGGAGCCCGAAUUUAUGUUUGAAAGUACUACUAAGGAUUUGUCGGGCAAUGAAGCUGAUCACAAUCCAGGUAAUGAAGAACCAGAAACUAACAUAAGGGCUAGCUACGCGGACAGGUUUAACGAGGAUGUGCGUAAGACAAGUGGCCCUACUAUAUCAGAUACCCAAGGCGAAGAUGGCCAUGACGCAGUGCAGAAGUUAAAACUGCCUGCGCUACCGCCACUGGAUGAGAGGACUAAGGCAGGCACUGGUCUUGGCAUCUACCAAAAAAAUAAAAAUGCAAAGAGUCAAACAGCUCAAAAGUCUAACGUUCAUGAUGAAGCAAAAGAAUCCACAUCUGAUAACGAUCCUCAUAAUUCGACUUCUAAGACAGCUCCAAGAUCACCAACAGAAUCUGAGCAUAGUGCUAACGGUAAAGGUAAACUAAACGUCAGUAAGCGCGGUUCUGAAGCUAGAAAGACACUGAAUGAUGCCAGUAAUAAGGAAGGAAGGAAGAGAACUCCUUUCUUUAGAAAGUUUUCGCGUGAAAAACCCAAAGACCAAUUCGACUAUAAGUUGGAAACUAUAGUAAACGAUGCAAAAAUGUUUAGAGCUUUGGAUAAAUUGAUACAUGGAUGGACCAGUUAUGGAUUGAAAGGUGUCAGUUCCAAUGUUGUCGAUUUUGUUAUUAGUGGUAAGCUAGCGAAUGAUAAUCUACUGUCAUUAAGAUCCACGGCGUUUGAAAUAUCUGUCGUUCCUAGUGAAAACAAUGGAUCUAUUGUAAGGUUUUCCAAAAACUCAGGAUCCAAGAAGGCCUUCUUUAGAUUAACGAACGAGGUUGAAAAGAUUCUCGAAAAGGAGGAUGUUCUAACCACUAGACCAUUGAAAGGAUAA